AUGGAGCUUGCGCACUUCAGUUUUGCGCAGUUACAGCCAUGCCGUUUCCCUCUCUCCCUUGUGCUUGCAUUGUACCUUGUCCUCAUCUCCUCCUCCACGAAUGAAACCGACAAACUCGCACUCCUCAUGUUUAAGGCCACAGUCAAAGACCCUUAUAGGGUGCUUGACUCAUGGAACAACACCGUUGGAUUUUGCCACUGGUACGGUGUUAUAUGCAACCUGAGACACCAGAGGGUCGCAGUCCUAGACUUGUACUCGCUAGGACUCUCAGGGUCCAUCUCUCCUCAUAUCGGAAACCUAAGCUUCUUGAGAAAAUUUUAUCUCUCAAAUAAUAGUCUCAUUGGAGAAAUCCCUCCACAAGUCGGGCGAUUGCGCCGCCUACUCUUGCUACAGAUAGACAACAAUUCACUGUCCGAAGAAAUUCCCAGAAACGUGUCAGGUUGCUCAAAACUUGUAACCCUCACCAUUGCAUACAACCAACUAACUGGAGUAAUUCCCACAGAACUCGGUUCAUUGUCCAAGCUACAAUAUUUGUCUUUUUAUGAAAAUGCACUCUCUGGGAAUGUGCCUUCCUCCUUUGGAAACUUGUCUUCACUGCAGGUUCUUGAACUCACGGGAAAUAACUUGGACGGGAGCAUUCCCAAUGUUCUAGGUAGCCUGGCAAAUUUAUUAGCUAUAGGUGUCCAAGGAAAUAGAUUGUCCGGCACAAUUCCAUCCUCAUUACUCAAUCUCUCUUAUAUAUUUUGGUUUGACGUUACAGAUAACCAGAUGCAGGGGAGUCUUCCUGCAGACAUAGGCUUGACACUCCCAAAUAUUCAAUAUUUUAGCAUUGGCAGGAACCAAUUUGAGGGACCGAUUCCUCCCUCAGUGUCCAAUUGGACAAACCUAGAGUUUUUUCAAUCCGCAAUGAACAAGCUUUCAGGGAAAGUGCCUUCUUUCGGAAAUAUGCCUGAGCUUUGGCGUUUUGCCAUCUUUGAUAACCAGCUAGGAAGUGGAAAUUCUGAAGACUUGAGCUUUGUAUGCUCAUUGACAAACUCCACCGGAUUAGAGUACUUCGCAAUUGAUAAGAACAGGCUCGGCGGGGCAUUACCCAAAUGCAUAGGUAAUUUCUCGAGCACUCUAUGGUCAUUCGGUGUGAGCGAGAACCUAAUGUUUGGUGAGAUUCCUAGAGAGAUUGGAAAUCUAGUCAACUUGAAUGUACUAAGUAUGUUUCUCAACCAGUUUUCAGGUGAGGUCCCUUCAAAUUUCGGGAAUUUACAAAAUCUAGUGGUAUUGCAAUUAGGCAGUAACAAGCUGAGAGGGACAAUCCCCACUUCUUUAGGAAAUCUAACCAAGUUGAUCGGAUUAAGUCUUGGUUCGAACAACUUUCAUGGGCAAAUUCCUUCGCAUCUAUCGAAGUGUCAAUCUCUCCAGUGGCUUGAUCUUUCUAUUAACAAUCUUAGCAGUACCAUACCCCCACAACUCAUAGGUCUCUCAUCGAUAACAAUCUAUCUGGACUUGUCUCAGAACCAUCUAAGUGGGGUUCUACCCACAGAAGUAGGGAACUUGAGGACUCUAACUGAGUUGGACAUCUUUAACAAUAUGUUGGUAGGUGAAAUCCCAAAUAGUUUAGGGGAUUGCACUGGAUUGACAAUGCUAAGAAUGGGGGGUAACUUCUUCCACGGGUCCAUUCCUCAAUCGAUCAAAUCGUUACGAGGCAUUGAAGAACUAGAUCUUUCACGCAACAAUUUGUCAGGUCAAAUUCCAGACUUCUUAGUGUUAUUUCGUUCCUUAAAACUUUUGAAUUUGUCUUAUAAUAACUUUGAAGGCAUGCUACCACAUGAAGGAGUAUUUAAGAAUGCUACCAUGACUUCGAUAAUUGGCAACGAUGCACUUUGUGGGGGAUUGCCAGCAUUCCACCUCCCCAAGUGCAUCUCCAUGAGCUCCAAGAGAAGAAAAAUCCAUAUAUUGGUAUUGUCGGUUUGUGUUAUUUUUGGCAUUCUUGGAAUAGCUCUUACUCUAGUUUUCUUGUAUCUUUGCUGGUUGAAGAAGACAGUAAAAGAACCAAUUUCAACUUCCAUAGAGGAUUCGUGGCCACACAUAUCUUAUCAAACACUCCUAGAAUCAACCGAUGGUUUUAGUUCAAUGAAUUUGAUCGGUGUUGGAAGCUUUGGUUCUAUUUACAAGGGAACACUUGAGGAGAAUGGUACAACUGUUGCUGUGAAGGUGCUUCAUUUAUUGCAUCGAGAUGCUCUAAAGAGCUUCAUGGCGGAGUGCGAGACAUUAAAGAACAUCAGACAUCGAAAUCUUCUAAAGAUAGUGACAGUUUGCUCAGGUAUUGAUUAUCAGCAAAAUGAUUUUAAGGCCUUAGUUUAUGAGUACAUGGAAAGGGGAAGCCUAGAAAGGUGGCUACACCCAAACCCAACACCAUCUCACGGGAAUGAACCUAUCCAAAAAUUGAAUUCCUUUCAAAGGAUAAAUGUUGCUAUUGGUGUUGCUUCUGCAUUGGAUUAUCUUCAUCACCAGUGCCACAUCCCCAUCGUUCAUUGUGAUCUAAAGCCAAGCAAUGUCCUCUUAGAUGUUGAGAUGGUUGCUCAUGUUGGUGACUUCGGAUUGGCAAAGUUCCUCCUUGGAUCAUCCAGUGAUACCGUGGCUAAUCAGAUGAGCUCAAUGGGCAUAAGAGGAACAAUUGGUUAUGCUCCACCAGAAUAUGCAAUGGGAUGUGAGGUUUCCAGAGAAGGCGAUGUCUAUAGUUACGGCAUCCUCUUAUUGGAGAUGUUCACAGGGUUAAGUCCCACUGAUGACAUAUUUAGAGACGAUUUGACUCUUCAUAGUUUUGUGGCUAAAGCUUUGCCUGGACAAGUGCUGAAAAUUACAGAUCACAUUCUUCUUCAAGAAAGAGAGAAUCAUUUAAGCCCCAACAAUCCUCGGCAUUGGCUCUCCGAAAGCAAUGGCGUAUUUCAAGAGUGCUUGGUUACAGUAUAUAAUAUUGGAGUCGCUUGCUCCGAUGAAGUGCCUGGAAGACGGAUGUGCAUCAGUGGAGCCGCAAAUCAGCUGCAAAAGAUUAGGGAGAAACUCUUCCCAAGGGGUUUACACGGACAAAAAUGA